UCUGCGGUGAAAAUCAUUCCACUACGUCAAGUCGUCCCGUCAGCUCGGCGAAGAUGUCUGCGACGGGUACAGGCGGCUGUGGACCCGGACCCACCUCGGGCGCCGGGUCCGGGGCUUCCAACCCCAGAAAGUUUAGCGAGAAGAUAGCGCUGCAUACCCAGCGACAGGCCGAGGAAACAGCCGCUUUCCAGGAGGUUAUGAUGGACAUCACCUCGACCAGGCUUCAGGCCCAGAAGCUCCGUCUCGCCAGGAGUCAGGGUCCGUACUACGGCGGCUCGCUACCCAACGUUAACCAGAUCGGCAGGAGCCCUCAGGACUUCCAGGGCUCCUUCCCGUCCUCUCUGGAGUCUAACCGGUCCACUCGUCACCACGGUCUGGUGGAGCGCGUCCAGAGGGACCGCCGGUUCAUCACACCGGUCCGACCGUACCGCAACCGACAAAUGGACAGCUCGCCGUAUAACUCGGCCUACCUGUCCCCGCCUCCGGACCCCGGCUGGAGAAGGAAUUGGUCCGGAAACUUCCCCGGGGAUAAAAGCCAGUUGUUUCGUCUCCCCGCCACUGCACUCAACAGGACGAACUCCGACUCGGCCCUCCACACCAGCGUGAUGAACCCUCCCACGGGAGACCCCUUCACCACGGGAGGACCCACCCUCACCCCCCAGAGCAACAGACGCAGCGGUCAGAGUGAUGGAGAGGGCAGAAGAAUGUUUCCGUACCCUGUUCCCCCCAUCGAAGAGAACGUGCUGGACGAGGGGAAGCUGCUCAAACCUUGGGACACCAAGAAGGUAAAGCAGGGGUUCUCGUUUGCAUCCCUCUGAGGUCUGAGGGCAUUGUCACACAUUCUUCUUCUUACAUUUA